UCUAGAAAACUCAAGAAAAUUGAAGCAAAUCACCAAUUAUCCAUGAACAACAUGUUUAAUUUAAAGCUUCUUCCUCGUCAAUUAGAAAGAAAAAAUUAGCUAUGUAUCCACAAACAUAAAGAAGAUUAGUUGCAUAGAAUACUAAAUAUACAGGGAAAAUUAAUUAUAUGGGUGUGGGCGGGUAUCCAUGGGGAGUGUAUACCUAAAACCAAACCCAACCCGAUGAAUAGUGAAUGGGUUAAACUCUAACCCGACACAAAACCCGUCAACACGGGUUUUACCCGCAUUGACCGGGUUGGUUCGGGUCGGGUACACGUGGGUUCGGGUUUUGUUGUCAUCCCUAAUUGCAGAAGUCCCAAGUGUACUCCUUCACUUAUGUACUUUUAUUUGUAGGCUUGAGACUGAUGCUCAUUUAUGAUUUGUUACAGUGAUUUGAAAUUAUUUCAAUUAUUCUUUGAAUUUUGAGUUAUUUUAAUUACUCAUGGACAUGUUGGUAAAAGUAGUGCUCAGCCGAGUUAGGUCGUUACAUUUUGGUAUCAGUGUCGGUCUCGUCUUACUAACAAGUGCAAUUCUUCCGAGGUACUGACACAAAGUCAUUUCCCUAUGUAGGAGCAUGGAUACUGGAAACUCUCAACAAGUUGGUGGUCGACGCCCACCUCCGAAUUACGUUGCACUCAGAACAAUGGGUGUUAAAGACUUCGAGGGAUCUUCCGACCCUAAUGUGGUUGAUGUAUGGCUGCUGAAGCUUACCCGCACCCUUGACGAGGUGUGCAUCGAUAACCAUGAGGACAGGAUCGCCAUGGCUGUCCAUGUGCUCCAUGUAGGGUUGGGAAUCUUGACCAAACUGUAUAACAAAUUGCGAUUUAGAUCGCCAUGAAUACAAUUUGGUCUGGUCCACGUUCUGCCUCUUUAACUUGCAGUCAGGAAUGGUUUGGUCUGAUCUAGACCGUGGUUAACCAUCCAGACCUCGCCAAAUUAAGUGUGGGCUUUCAAGUUGCAGCAACCCAAUCUCAGCCCAGUUCGACAGCUCCUUAGGGCCAAGCCCAACUACAUUUCUCUCGCAGGCCAAGCUCGCCACCCUAAUGCAGCGUUCCCAUCGUCAAUUGGCCAUUCCUUAAUCCCCAGCUGUGAGUUUGCUUUUUUACAAGGUCGAGGCCCGAAAGGCGAGAAGGAAAACCUAGCACUUCAGCCUUCGCCUCAUCUCGCCUCCCCUGUGUAACACCUCGAUUUUCAGUUAGGAUUCAACCCAUAAUAAAUGUGUGGAUUGAAU